AUGAGCUGGCAGCGGCUCUCAGCGCUCGCCGUGGUCCCCGCGCUUCAGGGCCGCGGAGGGCGCGCCAGGCAGCCCCUCCUCACAGCCCCGCCGCCGCCGCUGCUGCUGCAGCUGCUGGGCCAUGUUGCAUUUUCCUCGCCUCUCUGCCCUCCUCCUCCUCCGGGCAAGCGGCGUCGUUUGGGCGGCAGCGCCAGCGGCAACUCGCCUCAGAUCACCUGA